AUGUCAUCGGUAUCCAUGAAUAGAUAUUGGAUCCCCCAUCUCGACAUCAACAAAAAGGUCAUCACGCAGGAACUUCAGUGUUACCUUGGCCCAGAGGCCACAGUGAGGCCGUAUACUCGACAAGGCGAGGAUGGGUUUCUGAUCACUACACCGGGGGCGUGCUUGACGGAUGAGCAAAUCGAUGACAUUUGUCUCAAGUCGAAGGAAAUGUGGGAAAGGCAAGCUGCAGCAAAAACCCAACAGAAUCUCGAGAAACCGCUCAAACGCCCACUGCACCAGCCGAUUCUCAUUUCGAAAGGAUCGGGAGCGGGAGCGGGAUCGGGGUUAGGGGAGGCGUCAAAACGUCGCAACAACCGACGAGGUGCUGUUUCGAAGCGAGCACAUGGAUUCGACGAAACCGUAGGAGGCUACAGGAUUGCAUCUGGCCGCGACGGAGAAUGGCGUGGCCGAGCGGGUUCGGUGUAUCGAAAGUUGGCCGAGAAUGGAACCUGA